AAGUUUAGCAAGGUUCACUAGGCAUUGGAUUCGGUCAGCAAACGGACGUCUCUUACACUCUAGUAUCUGUAUCACAUAAUAAGAAGAGUUCCGUUAAUAUUCUCUAUUAUAGUGGAGUCCUAAUUGUGUUAUAAAUAAUGAUCAUUUCAAAUGUAAGUGGUUCUAUUCGGAAUCAUGUUCGAAAUCAGUUUAUUGCUCUAUCUUUAUCACGAGCAAGGUAUUCUUCUAAAGUAGAAUACAAACCAAUAAGAAGUGUUCUUGUUGCUAAUCGAGGUGAAAUUGCUAUUCGUGUAUUCAGAGCGUGCAAUGAAUUGGGUAUUAAGUCUGUCGCCAUAUAUUCUGAACAAGAUAAAAUGCACAUGCAUAGAUUGAAGGCUGAUGAAUCAUAUCUAGUUGGAAAAGGAAAAGCACCAGUAGAAGCAUACCUUGACAUACCUGAAAUUAUAAGAGUUGCAAAAGAAAAUGAUGUUGAUGCCAUUCAUCCUGGUUAUGGUUUUCUAUCAGAACGAUCCGAUUUUGCUCAAGCAGUUAUUGAUGCUGGAAUACGGUUUAUUGGACCAUCACCUUUUGUUGUGCAACAAAUGGGUGAUAAAGUUGCAGCUAGACAGGCGGCUAUCGAUGCUGGUGUUCCAAUUGUUGCUGGUACUCCUGGCCCAAUCAGAACAUCUGAAGAAGCAAUCGAAUUCUGUUUAAAACACGAUUUACCCGUUAUUUUCAAAGCUGCUUAUGGAGGUGGUGGUCGAGGUAUGAGAGUUGUUAGAAAAAUGGAAGAUGUCAAAGAAAAUUUUGAACGUGCUUCAUCAGAAGCAAAAGCAGCUUUUGGCGAUGGUGCUAUGUUUAUUGAAAAAUUUGUUGAAAGACCACGUCAUAUUGAAGUUCAACUUUUGGGUGAUCAAGCUGGAAAUAUUGUUCACUUAUAUGAAAGAGAUUGUUCAGUUCAACGCCGUCAUCAAAAAGUUGUUGAAUUGGCACCAGCUCCUCACUUGGACCCAAAGGUUAGAGACUUAAUGACUGAACGUGCAGUUAAAUUAGCUAAACAUGUAGGUUAUUCCAACGCUGGUACUGUAGAAUUUUUAGCAGAUAGCAAAGGUAAUUUUUACUUUAUUGAAGUUAAUGCUAGACUCCAAGUGGAACAUACUGUUACUGAAGAAAUCACUGGUAUUGAUUUAGUACAAUCUCAAAUUCGAAUUGCGGAAGGUGUUACGUUGCCAGAACUUGGUUUAACUCAAGAUAAAAUUAAACCUCAAGGUUUUGCUAUUCAAUGCCGUGUUACUACUGAAGAUCCUGCUAAAAAUUUCCAACCGGAUACUGGUCGUAUUGAAGUUUUCAGAAGUGGUGAAGGCAUGGGUAUUCGAUUGGAUGGUGCUUCUGCCUUUGCUGGAGCUAUUAUCAGUCCAUACUAUGAUUCAUUGCUUGUUAAAGUUAUUGCACAUGCUGCUGAUUUACAUGCAUCCUGUGCUAAAAUGAAUCGUGCUUUGCGUGAAUUUAGAGUUCGAGGAGUGAAAACAAAUAUACCAUUCCUCCUAAAUGUGUUGACUAAUGAAAAAUUUGUGAAUGGAUCAGUUGAUACAUAUUUCAUUGAUGAAAACCCUCAACUCUUUACACUUGAACCAUCACAGAAUAGAGCCCAAAAAUUACUUAAUUAUUUGGGAGAAGUUUUGGUAAAUGGUCCUCAAACUCCAUUAGCAACCAGUUUGAAACCUGCAAAUAUACAACCACAUGUACCUGAAUUUCCUGCAGGUUUAAGUCCUCCUCAAGGAUUCAAACAAAUACUUAUUAAAGAUGGGCCAAAAGCUUUUGCUAAAGCAGUUCGUGAUCAUAAGGGGGUUUUGUUAAUGGACACUACAAUGAGAGAUGCUCAUCAAUCUCUUUUAGCAACUAGGGUUAGGUCACAUGAUAUUCUACGUAUUGCUCCAUGGGUAUCACAAAGUUUCCCAGGCUUAUAUUCAUUGGAAAAUUGGGGUGGUGCUACAUUUGAUGUAGCACUUCGAUUUUUACAUGAAUGUCCAUGGCAAAGAUUAGCAGAUAUGAGAUCAGCUAUACCUAAUAUUCCAUUCCAAAUGUUAUUGCGUGGUGCAAAUGCAGUUGGUUAUACAAACUACCCUGAUAAUGUUGUUUUUAAAUUUUGUGAUCUUGCUGUACAAGCUGGUAUGGAUGUAUUUCGUGUGUUUGACUCACUUAAUUAUUUACCAAAUAUCAUUCUUGGUAUGGAAGCUGUUGGUAAAGCAGGAGGUGUUAUUGAAGCAGCUGUUUCAUAUUCUGGUGAUGUGUCUGAUCCUACUAAAACAAAAUAUACUUUAGACUAUUAUAUAAAUGUUGUUGACGAAUUAGUUAAAGCUGGUACUCAUGUACUGUGUAUUAAGGAUAUGGCAGGACUUUUGAAACCUCGUGCUGCUACUAUGCUCAUUGGUGCUAUACGUUCUAAGUAUCCUAAUUUACCUAUUCAUGUCCAUACUCAUGACACUAGUGGUGCUGGAGUUGCUUCUAUGUUAGCAGCAGCAGAAGCUGGUGCUGAUGUAGUAGAUGUUGCUGUUGACUCAAUGUCUGGUAUGACUUCACAACCAAGUAUGGGAGCUAUUAUUGCUUCUUUACAGGGUACCGAAUUAGAUACAGGUUUACAACUAAAAGAAGUAUCUGAAUAUAGCGCUUAUUGGGAACAAGCAAGAACUUUGUAUGCUCCGUUUGAAUGUACAACAACAAUGAAAUCUGGAAAUGCCGAUGUAUAUUUGAAUGAAAUUCCUGGUGGUCAAUAUACCAAUCUCCAAUUUCAGGCUUUCUCAUUGGGGCUUGGUGACUUCUUUGAGGAUGUAAAAAAAGCUUACAGAGAAGCUAAUCUUUUAUUAGGAAAUAUUAUAAAGGUUACACCUUCAUCUAAAGUUGUUGGAGAUUUAGCUCAAUUUAUGGUGCAAAACAAAUUGACUUCUGAAGAUGUAUUAGCAAAAGCUGAAGAAUUGAGUUUCCCUAAAUCAGUAAUUGAGUUCUUACAAGGAGGGAUUGGUGAACCAUAUCAAGGUUACCCUGAACCAUUGAGAUCAAAAGUUUUGAAAGAUAUGCCACGUAUUGAAGGUCGGCCUGGAUGUUCUUUAGCUCCAUUAGAUUUCAAUGAAAUAAAAACUAAAUUACAAGAUAAGUAUCAAAAUAUUAGUGACUAUGAUGUUAUGAGCUCUGCACUUUAUCCUACAGUCACAGAUGAGUAUUUAACAUUUAAAGAAGAAUAUGGACCAGUAGAUAAACUUGAUACAAGAAUAUUUUUAACUGGACCUAAAGUUGGAGAAAACUUUGAAGUAACCAUAGAAAAAGGUAAAACAUUAGCCUUUAAAACACUUGCAAUUUCUGAAGAACUAACUGCCAAUGGUGAAAUUGAAGUAUUCUUUGAAAUGAAUGGACAGUUACGAUCAGUGUUUAUACGAGAUAAGGAAGCAUCUAAGGAGAUGCAUAUUCAUCCAAAAGCAUCCAAAUCUAAUAAGGGAGAGGUUGGUGCCCCAAUGCCAGGAUCUGUAAUGGACAUUCGAGUUAAAGUAGGUGACAAGGUUGAAAAGGGUGCACCACUAGUCGUUUUAUCUGCCAUGAAAAUGGAAAUGGUGGUCCAGGCGCCUAUUGCAGGAACAGUAAAACAAAUUGACAUAAACAUUGGAAUGAAAUUGGAAGGAGAAGAUUUAUUGUUGUCCAUUGAACCAUAAUUUAAUUGAAAAUAUAUAAUUUAAGUUUUAUAAAUAUCCCUGCCAUAAAGAUCCACACAGAUAUAGUUAUAAGGUUUAUCCACUAGUCAAAAUAUGUUAAAAUUAUAUUUAUUUAAAUUAAUAGGUGGACAUAAUAUGUACGAACAAAAAUGAGUACUGAUGUUGAAAUUGUGUUGUGAUUUAUAUGUAAUAUUAUAUUAUUAUACAGAAUA